GGCGCGUCGUAGUAUUUUCUGGCUCGACGUCGAAAAUGGCGCACAUGCUAAGAUCCAAGUUCGUGCUGUUGUCAUUGAAAUAUGUAAAUCUUACCGCGUCACGUAUCUCCGUGCCCUUAAAAUAUCACCGAUUAUGCUUUCACACCAGCGGGAUCCUCGACGUGAAGGGAAAAGAAAUGUUGAUGCCUUCUUUGUCACCUACCAUGGAAACUGGCACUAUAGUAAAAUGGUUCAAAAAGGAAGGUGAUAAGAUCGAGCCUGGUGAUGCUAUUGCGGAUAUUCAGACCGACAAGGCGGUGGUCACGAUGGAACUUGAAGAUGAGAGUAUAUUUGCAAAAAUAAUUAUACCCGAGGGAACCAAAGACGUUAAGGUGGGCACUCUGAUAGCUCUCACUGUCGAGGUCGACGAAGAUUGGAAAACGGUAGAGAUGCCAGAUAAUGCAGCAGCUACAGGGACAGCGCCAGCUGCUCAACCCACGAGUACUCCAGUCACAAGUCCAACAGCAGAACCACCAUCCGGCCAGCAAAAUAUUCUCAUGCCUGCCCUCUCACCGACGAUGACAACAGGCACGAUUAUAAAGUGGCUGAAGCGGGAAGGUGAUGAGAUACAACCAGGCGAUGCACUGGCGGAAAUUCAGACGGACAAGGCUGUGAUGGCUUUUGAAUUAGAGGAGGAAUGCAUACUUGCGAAAAUUCUUGUUCCGGAAGGGUCUCAGGUAGAGAUAGGGCAGUUGAUAGCUAUCACUGUUGAGAAGGACACGGAUUGGAAGCAAGCUGUUGUACCAGCAUUGACUAAGCCGUCCGCAGCACCUACGCCUGCAUCUGCACCGCCGCCGAGUCCUGCUCAACCAGCUACAGCAGCCGGUGCAAAACCACCACCAAGUGGACAAGUUUACGGUUUGGCGGUGAAACGAUUGCUGGAGGAAUAUGGUCUUAGUUCGGGCUCGAUCAAAGGUACCGGGCGUACGAAUCGUCUACUGAAGAGCGACGUCCUCGCAUACAUCCAAGCGCACAAUGUUAAAAAAGUUACGCUUAAAGCCGGAGAAGCCCCAAAGACUGCCAAGGCGAGUCCAUUGGAGACGCACGUCCCUGUUGGUAAGCCGUCUCCGUACGAAGAUAUUGAGAUCUCCAACAUUCGUAGUGUUAUCGCUAAACGGCUUGGGGAGUCAAAGAGCACCAUACCGCAUUCUUACGCGGUGAUAGACAUAAAUAUCGAUAAGCUGAUCGAGCUUCGUGGGAAACUGAAGACGGAGGAGGAUGUUAACGUCUCGAUUAAUGAUUUCGUUACCAAGGCUGUCGCUUACGCGCUCGUCGAGUGUCCCGAUAUAAACACAAUAUAUAAAAACGGUCAAGUGGUUCGAGUUCCUAAGAUCGAUGUGUCUGUAGCGGUAGCAACGUCGACAGGUCUUAUCACGCCAAUAGUAUUUGAUACUGUCGCUAAGAGCUUAACGGACAUCUCUAAAAACAUUCGUGAAUUAGCUGAGAAGGCGAGGAAAAAUCAACUGAAGCCUCACGAAUUUCAGGGAGGCACAUUCACAAUAUCAAACCUAGGAAUGUUCGGAAUCAAAGAGUUCUCCGCCAUUAUAAAUCCGCCCCAAACUGCAAUUCUUGCUGUAGGCUCCGGACGUGAAGAAUUAGAUUCUUCGUUAACGAAAGUAACAACAAUGACGGUGACAUUAUCGUACGACAGGCGGGCGAUUGAUGAAGAUCAAGCCGCUGACUUUUUAGCUGUUCUUAAAUCUAUGCUACAAGAUCCCAGUUUCCUAGCUAUCGGUAAAAUACCGGCACUCAGGUACAAGCGUGAUAUUUAUUAAUAAUUUUCUUCACGAAACGAAUGCCGUUCGUUUACUGCAAAAACAGCUUAUUAUUUCGUUCGAUUGGUGGAAAAAUUGAUAUUAUUGUUUCCUUUUUUCUUGCGUCAUCUCCUCACUUUCCCUUUCGGAGGAUUGAAUUGUGGAAAGGUGCAGGAAUUCGGUGUCGGUAGUAAUUAUAAUUAGACAGUAUAUGUACUAGCAAUAAUAUCGUCACUACGCAAAGCUACGCAGUAUAAAUAAAUCAUUAGCUGUUUUUGUAGUAAACGAGGAGGUUGAUAUUAGUUCACGUGAUUCCUGUCGUCUUCACGUACCACAUACAUACAUUGUUAGAAGUGAAGAAGAAAAGGGGAAACACGAUUUACGCAAAACUUAUUGAACUAAUAACUGCGCGUUGUUGUUACGUCAAGGUUUAAUCGGUAAGAAUGUAAUUUUUAUAUAUCCGUAUUGCUGCCAAAGAUAUUAACAGCGACUGACGCUACCCGCUCACGUAUUUAAUGCUACCGAUUACUUAGGAAAGCACAAGUCGACUUAAACUGCCAAAAGGUACAUAACACACGAAGAAGGAGCAUUUCUAAAAAGAUAUACACGAAUGCCAAACGUCAAAUCUGUGGUUCUCAAAACAUUCUUUAUUCAACAAAUUAGUUGUGAAAUUAAUCGGAAUCUUUUACGAUCGGAGCUCGGACGAUGGAAAAUGUCUAUUACUGUAUAUUUAGAAUUUUGUAAAUAAUUAGAGCGUUUAUGUAAUUAUACAUAAGUCUUGUAAAUAUGUGGGAACUUUGUAAGCCCUGCUACAAAGGUAACAUUCUCCGGAUUUACAAAAAAACUUCAUCUUUUACCAUCGCGACGAGUGUUUCAGGAUAAAUUCGAUUUGUCUCCGAAUACUUGAAAAAUUUGCUGAAAAUUUGCCGGGUUUAACACACACACGGUGAUCUCUUCUUCUUGAACGAUAAGUUAUUAAUUUCAGAUACAUCAUAUAGUACGAUUGUAUAUAAUUUGAUGCGUAUCUCUAACAUUUAAGCUGAAUUAAUCGGGUGGUAGGAUCAUGAAUGAAACUCAUGACUCCCAUCUUGUAAAUAAAAUAUUUAUUGCAUAAAAUA